AUGAAAACUCUUGAUCUUAUAUUCUAUCAAUAUUCUGUAAUAGUUCAAUGCUUAUACAUUUGGACUCUGAAUGACAAAUAAUAAUUUUAUGCGGUAUCGUUUACUGGAACAAUAUAAAGUUUUGAAUAAGAAGAAAUUAUGAUUUAUGGAAUCUGGAGCAGAUUCACACCUUUAAGUACAAUUUCAUAAACAGGAUCUAUUGGAAUAUUUGACAGUCAUUGCUUCCAUUUGAAUUCAGCAUUGGAAAGUGAAAAUAAAAGAAUUAAUUUCGUGUAUUACGAUUGCAUUAAUAAAGAACAAAUGAUUGUGAGCAAAUUUAUUUAGUUUAUAAGUAACGAAGGAAAAUAAUAUAAAUUUGAAAUUAUAUUGGAUUCAAUGAAAUACGAGUAUUAUUGGUACUUUUUUGCUGUUCACUUGUAACCUCGUUAGAAUAGUUUUACUUAUUAUUUACUUUAAGGAGAAAACAUAGUAGAUAUUUAAACAUUACAUAUAUAAUUUCCUUAUUUAGAUGAAAGACUGACUAUUGUGUUUGGAGGUAGUUUAAUAAUAGAUGAUUAUCAAAUUCUUCAAGUAGAAGAUACCUCAAAACUUUCUUAUUUUCCAGGAAAAAUUACUUUAUUGGAGCAUUCGAAAGGCUAUUUCGGAAAAUUAGAUAUAGAUGUAAUCAGUUAUAUAGAAACUACAUAUGAUGGGACGUGCCAGUGCUAUGAAAAUUAAAUUAAGAAUCUGGUUGACGUAGAUAUUGAUUGGCUGGAUUAUAAAAUAUUUGCAUCCACAAAUGAAAAUUGUGAUUAUUUUGCAUUUUAAACUUGGAUUAAAGUUUAAUAAAUAAUUUCAGAUUCUCCUGAAUUUUUGUAUUAGCUUUUUAAACUAUCAGGUAAUUUUGAAAAUCAAAAAUUAAGGGAUGAUAAUUUAUCUGCUCUUUAAAUAUUUUACUAAUUUUCCAAAGAAACUUAUUAAAUAAAAUUUACAACAUAUAGUUAUACAAUUCCAUAUUACAAUUUAGAUUUCACUAAAAAUCCAUUUUUGAUUGAGUAUUUUUAUGAUUUACCUAAUAUCUAUUUAUGGCAAUUUGUGACAGUAGUCUUGAAAAAUAAUAUCAUUGAAAUUAAGGUCACCUUAUUUGAGGGCAAGAAUUAAAAUAUUUUUUUUCGCUCUACUAAGGUUAACUAAUUUCAUGUUGUAUAAUACAAAUUAUAAUUUGGAAAUAUCUUUCAAUCAACUAACAAUUAUUUAAAAGUGUAUUUGAGGGAAUCAAAAUUCUUUAAUUGUGUUUAGGAUGACUAGAUGAAUCAAAAAAUAAAUUGCCAUUACAGUUGCAAAGAUUGUGAUGGCCCCACUAAUUAGGAUUGUUUAUCUUGUCCUGAAACAUCUAGACGCACCUAUAAUCCAAAGUAUAAGGUUUGCAUCUGCCCUUAUGACACUAUUGAUGAUGGGGAUUGUAAAGAUUACUAGAGUUUGAAUCUGAUAAUAUAACAAGACGCUGAAUAAAAAUGUAAGCAAGGAUAUUUUGAUUAUAAAUCAUAUUGUUAUAAAUGGUAUAAAUUAAAAUUAGACUAGUCCUUCUAUCAUAAGGGAUAAUUUGAUUACUUGCCUUGAAUGUAUUACAGACCCUAAAAAUUGGAUCGAUAAUCCUUAUUGUCAAACUAAUCUAUUUUUAGACGAUAUUGGAAGUCCAGUUGAAUUCAUAAAGGAUCUCAGUUAAACUUAUUAUAUAUUUGAUGGUGACAAUUUAAAGGCAUGCAGUCAUAAUUAAAAUUACAACGUAUAAACGAUUGAUGAAGUAUUUGUAGACUAUCAGUUAGAAACUAAUCAAAUACUUUCUAUUUGUUCAAAUUCAAAAGAUCCCUAUAAAUGUUUACCUUGUAAUUUUAUCGGCUGUGUGAUUUGCGGUGUUAUUUCAACAACUUAGAUUUGUUUGCAAUGUGACAUUGUGUAUGUUUUGAGAGAUGGAUUAUGUGUAGAAUUAAUUGUAGGACAAAUCGAAUAAGAAAAAUGUGUCGCUCCAUAUUAUAUUACUUCAGAAAAGUAGUGCAGCCUAUGUUAAAUAGAGAACUGUUAGUAUUGCUUUGAAUAUAAAAGCAAUGACUUAACUUAAUGCACACUAUAUAAGGACUUUUAUUACUUCUAAAUCGAUGAAUUCCACAAGGUGGGAUGUGCUUUGUGUGAGGAUGGAUUUAUUUUUGAUUUUCUUUAAGGGAAAUGUCAUUAUUAAAAACCAUAGACAAUUAAUUGUUUGCGAGCUUUUAUAGAUCUAUAAGGGAGAGAGAUUUGUACAUUAUCUGCAGUGGAUGAUUUUAGUAUUGCACCUGAGAUAGUCAAUUGUCAAAAAUAUAUCUCGAAUUGUAAAUAAUGUUAUUAAACUCUAUUAUCUGUUAUUAAAUGUAUUGUUUGUGAAGAUGGCUAUUCAAGCUCUAUUAUUACAGGCCAUUGCUAAAAAUGUAAUUCUGUCUCUGCCAAAUUUUGCAUUGAAGGAGAUUUUUUAAAGUUAGAUGCAUGGAUGUAGUUGCUUUAGAGCUUUUUAAUGUAAUUCUUGCCAAAUAGAUAUGUAUAUUCUUAAUCGAUAUCGAUACUAAAUAAUCAAGAUUUACCAAUAAAAUGCAUAGAAGGAUAUGAGCUCAAUAAGAUACUUUGCAAGAAAUAUUGUGACAGUAAUUGUUCUGUAUGCAAAAAAAUGGAAAAUCCUAAUGAGGGGUUUUAAUGUGCUAAAUGUUUUUUAAAUUAUUAUAUGGAACCGGUUAGAGUGAGGGAUUAAGGAAAAUGUAUUGCUUGUGCACAACUUUGUUAGGUGUGUCAACCUAGAACUGCAGAGGAAAUUCAAGUAUACAUUAUUAAUAAAUAUUUAGAGAGUAAAUCCAUUUUUUAUUGAUGAAUUGGAUUAUUCAACUUAUACAAUGAAAUGUAUUAAAUCUAUUCCUCAUCCAAAUAUCUUUAUAGAUCCUAAUAUUCAGAUAGCCAAAUAUUGUUAUAACCAAUAAUGUAACUCUUUGUUUUAAUAUAAAGUAAAAAUACCUUUAAUUUUAGAUUGAAAUAGAUUAGGUUUAAAGUUUUUUUGUAAAUAAUGAAAAUUAUUUCAAUUCUCAUUUAAACUUUAAGUAUUUAAAUGAAAUGGCUUAUGAAAAAUUAUCAUUAAUAUUUCCCUUUUAAGUUAUUUGCAAUCAGUGCUUCUAUUCUUAAUAGGCCAUUUUUGACAACAUUUUGAAAUAAAAGAUAUUUUCAAUCUAAUUUGUUGAAUUAGUGUUUUAAGGAAAUCAUUAAUCUUUGAAAUUUUUUCAAAUGAUAUCAAUUAUUGGUUAUGACUCUUUUAAGAUAAAAGAAGCAAUAUCAAUUGUAGAAAAUUUAUUUGAAUUAAUUUUAAAUAAUUAUGAAAUGCCUUAAGAUUUUCUCGUUGCAGACACAGAAUUUAUUGCUUAGGAGAAUAAAUCUAUUAAAUUCGAAAUAACUUCUUCUAAUUAUUAGAAUAUACAUUUAUCAAAUCUUAAAUUUGUGAAUCUGAACAUAUUAGAUUCAUCUAUGUUUGAAAUUAUGCCUUUUGGAAAUUAAUCUGAGUUUAUUAUUAACAAAUUUAUUUUUGAAAAUUGUACAUUUACAAAUACAACAAUAUUCAGAUUUAAGAAUAACAUUAAGGUUACAAUUUUGGAUCUAAUUGUAAUUGAUUGUAAAUUUUUAAACUCAUAAUUUGCCAUUUUUUAAUUUGAUUUGACUCUUUAAUCAAAUGUUUAUAUCCAAUUCUUAUUGAUAAAAAAUUCACAUUUUCAAUAAUCAUACAUCAUUAAAAAUGCUACCUCUCUAAGUUUAAAUAAUAUUUCAUUACUUUACAACACUUUUCUGUUCACUUAAAUAAUAGAAUUUAGGGAUAGUUUAUUAAUUCGCAAUAUCUUGAUUUAAGGCAACACUUUAAUAUAAUCAUAAAUACUAAUCAAAAUUGCAACAACUCAUGUUGAGAAUAGUGUAAUUAUAGAUUAAUCAGUCUUUGAAGAAAAUUAUAAUACUAACUCAUCAAUUUUGUUAACUGAUUUUUCAGUACAAAAUGGACUAAAUAUUUACCUUAUGAAUUUGAACCUCAAUGAGAAUAAGUAAGUACUAUAAGAGAGCUUAUCUACUUAUCUUUUUGACAUUAAUUGUCUAAAUUUAAGUAUAUAUAACUUUUCGACAAGGAAUUCAGAUUAUUUUAAUUAUUUUAAUUUAAUAGCUAUUCCUUAUAUUAAAGUUUAUAAUGCCUCUUUUCAAAACCCAGAACUCAAAACAAAAGUGCCACUAUAUUUAAAUUGUAUCUAAGCUAUGAACUUGAAUUCUUAGUUGUUUUAUGUUUAAGGAUUUAAUUACUUAGAACUCGUAAGCAUAACAAUUAUGAAUUAUUAAAGUAUUGAUUAAUCCUUUAUUUCAAUAUUUUCAAAUAUCAUAAAAACAAUGAAGGAAAACGAAAUCAUAAAUAUAUCGGAUUUAAAAUUUAUUGGAAAUACUUUGUUAAAAAUCAAUUUAAGAAAUAUAUUUUCACUAAUGUCAAUUUAUUCAGAAAAAAGCUAAUUAAUUAAAAUUAACAAUAUUUAAUUUGAGGAGAAUGUAUAUCAUUAAUAUAUUGAUGAUUCAUCUCAAAAUACGGCAAGUCUGCUGUUUAUAAAUGCAUAAUAAAGCUCUGCAAUUGUUUCUAAUCUGUCUUGCUAGUUAAAUGUAUUAACAAAUUCAACUAGCUCUUUUAUUUUGAUAAAAAGUAAAGUGAUUAACUUAUCAGAAUUUACAAUUAAAAAUCAUAACAUAUUAAAUACAAAAUUUCUCCUUUCACUCUUUGAUUUUGAAUUUAAGAAUGACUAAAAUCAAAACCAGAUUAAUCAAAUAUUAUAGAGGAUAUUAAAGAUUAAAAAUAAAGAAGGAGUUCUAUCUUUUACUGCUGAAUAUUGUUCUAUCACAACUGGCACAAUAUAAAAUAUACUUUCUUUAAAUAGUUAAUUGUUUAAUAUUCAUACUCAAGGAAUAGGAGUAUUCAAAUUAUUCAACUUGAAUAUUAUUUCAAUAGAAAGUUUAGAUUUGUAGAAUAGUGAAAGUGGUGGAUGCAUCACUAUUUCUUCCUAAAACAGCUUAUUACAAUUAGAAUUAGUAAAUUUAUAUUUAAUCGGUGUUUAAAAUGCAUUUGCUUCUCCGAUCAUUUUUAUUUAACCAUCUCAAAAUAAAAAUUCUAUUAUAAUAAGAAAUAUUACUGCGAGUAAUUGCUUCUCUCUUAUGAACCUCCUACUUAAAACAGAAUUUCCUUCUAUGAAUUAAAAAAAUAAUAAAGUCUUAAUAGAGAAUAUCAAAAUCACCUAAAAUAAAAUAGAUUUAUUCUAAUAUCUAUAGAAAUUUACUUCAUUAUCCUCAAUUGAUACAUAAAGAGUCUUAAAUGAUAACGGAGUGAUUAUUGUGCAUGGUUGCAUUUUGACUGUUAGAAAAUUCCUGUUUGAAGGUGUUUUGUAUUCCUCAAUUUUAAAGGUAGGCGACGCUUUUAGAGUAAAUAUAGAAAAAAUACAUCUUAAUUAAAUAUCCAUGAUUCUCCAAGGUAAUUUAAUAAACAUUGUGCAAAGUUCUAACAAUGAAUGUGUGGUUAAGAUGUAAGAUUUGGUUUUCUCCAAUAUUACUUUAAUUGAAUCACUUGAAUUUAAAAAUUUAUCAAGCAGUUAAAAUAUAAUAGAGAUUUUUGAUUCACAGUGUAGUAGUAUAAAUGAUAUUCGAAUUUCAAAUAUCUAAAGCGCUGAUAUAGGAUUUCAAUAAUUUUUUGACAAAUUAAUAUCUGAAUCAGUUUAAUAAGGGUCCGUAAUUUAUUUUUAAAGUCAAUCUAAUCCCAUUAAAAUAAUCUUAAGUUCUAUUUCAGCAACAUAUGUCAGAGCUUAACCCAUUUUUAAUGCAAUUCUGUAUUUUAAUCUUUCUGGUAUAUCAUCUAUUGAUAUAAUCGAUUUUCAUUGUUUAUGGAAUAAUUUAAAUAGAUAUGGAUGCAUUUUUGCCCAAUCUACUGACUAAUAGCACUCAAAUAUUAAAUUAAAAAACUCGAUUUGUUAUUCUAAUAACGGUGGCUUUGGAACAGGAAUAUACACUAAAAAUACCAGAGUAGUAAUGCAUAAUUCAAGGAUCAUGAAAAAUUAUGCUGAAGUCUAAGGAGGUGGGCUGAAUUUAUAAUCAUAGAAAAAUGAUUUUUUAAUCAAAAACACUUUCAUUUAAGAGAACUAAGCAAAUGAAGCUGGUGGAAUAUAUCUUAAUGGAGAUAGUAAUUUAAAUAAUUAAAAUUUCAUUAAUUCUAUUCUAUGGUUUAACAAAGCAAAAUUAUCACCUUAGAACUUAUAGGAAGUACCAACUCAUUUAUAAUUAUCUAUAAAUGAUUUAGAGAUGCCUUCAAUUUCAAAGGCUUAUGAAAAGAUCUUAAUCAAUUUUCUAAACAUAGAUCCAUAUUAUAUAAUUGAACAAGGGAAAAUAAUUAAAGUCAAGGUUUUGGUUCUUCCAAGUAAUUAAGUAAUAAAGAAGUACCUCAUUUUCAAUCCAAAUAAUUAGAAGUUCCAGAAGUAUAUUUAUGAAUUCUCUAUCCUUUUUAAGAAUAGCUUAAAUGAGCAACUUAUUAGUUUCACAAAUUCCACAUGUGUGAUAAAAGAAUAGAUCUUAUCUGAAGAUAAACUUGAAUUAUCCAAAACUCCAUAAAUGACAUCAUUCAAAACAACUUAUGGAAACUUUGAUCUUUCAGAACUGUAAUUUUCAUUUGAUCCAUACAUGGAGAACAAUAAAUAACAAUAAAUCCUAAUCAUCUGUUAGGCCAAUAAUACGUUUACUGAAUUAUAUUAUAAUAUUAAGAUAGCUACUCUUAAGUGCUAACUAGGGGAAUUUUAUAUGUCCAAUAGUUGUCAACCUUGCUAAUCAAACCAAGGGUAUUAUUCUGUAACAUACAACACAACGAAAUGUUCUAUUUUCGAUAAAAAUAAAUUCGAAAAUAUUACUUCUAAUUAAAUUAAUCUAAAAGUUGGCUAUUGGAGACCAAAUCAAUUUUCUGACAAUAUUGAAAGUUGUUUUAAGUAUCCAACUAUUUGUAGAGGAGGAUGGUUUGUCGGAGAUUAACUGUGUCUUUCUGGCUACUUAGGAGGCUUAUGUGAGGAAUGUGAUAAGUAUAAUAUUAGAGGUCAUGGAUAUUAUUUUAUCAAUUAAUAUAGUCUACUUUGCCAUGAAUGUGAUUCGCCAUCUAACAGGAUAUUGUUAUUUAUUGUGGCAUCUAUUUGGUAAAAUAUAUUCUUAUAUGUUUUAGGUAGCUUACUUCAACACUUCUUACACUUAGUAGCAUUGAAAAAUCAAAUAAGUAAUUUAUACUUUGCAAAUUAAGAUAAAAAUUUUCUAAUAUUAUUUUCAAACUUAAUUUAGGUAUUUGUAGAAUGUAAAUUAGAUCACGGUAGUAUUAUCAUAAAAUUAUUUCUUAAUUACUUAUGGAUAUUUUCCGCUAUUUUUUCAUUUAAUAUUAGCUUUACAUUCUCUUUUAACUUUAUUGAUUAGACAAGCAAUCCAUCAUAUUUCAUGGCUAAUAAUCUAGAUUGUUUCUUAUCAAAAAUGAAUGAUAUAUAAUUGAUUUACCUGAGGAUUAUUACAAUGUUUAUAUUAAUGCUGUGCAUACUACUCUUUAUCUAUAUAGGAUUUGUGAUAAUAGAACUACUUUAUAAAAAAUAAUUUGAUGCCAGUAUUUUAUCCAUAACUGCCUUGUAUUUAUACGUUUCGAAUUAUGCUUCUUUGAUUAAACAGUAAAUGUUUUAUUAUUAAUCAGAUUUUUUUCAUUAUUGGCCAAAAGAUAAAUAUCAGAUAUUAAUUACAUCUAAGGUGAUGUAUCGCUUAUUUUUGGCACACCCAACCACAUAAAAUGGAUACUAAGUUUCAUUAUUCCUGGUUUGGGAUUGAUAGGAUGGUUAUUACCAUUUACACUUUUGGUUUUAUUGUACGUUAGAAGGCAUUAAAUAGAGUCUAUUAAGUUUAGAAAGCACUUUUGCUAUUUGUUUAAUGAAUAUAAUAAAGAAAACUUUUUUUGGGAAUGGGUUAAAUUAGCCUAAAAAACAUUUGUUAUCGUUAUACUAACUUAUUUUGAGACAAAUAUAUAUUUAAAAGCUUCACUUUUAGGAUUGUGCUUACUACUUUAUUAGUUAUAUGCACUGGAACAGCAACCCUACAUUAUCUAGAAUUUUAAUAAAUUGGAUGUAAAAACUGGAUAAAUCUGUUCUAUUUCAAUAUUUUUAGCAGUAAUUAAAUAUAUUUGUGAAUAACAUGAUAAUUAUACAACUUCCUUUAUUAUUUAGAUGAUCUUAGUUAUUCUUUGCAUUAGAUUAAGCUAUCCAUUUUUCAAAAGUCUAAUUACAUUAUAUCAUAAAAAGUAUAAAAAAUAGAUUUUGUUGCAAUUAUUAAAUCUAACCAAAAUUUUAAGUUGCACAUCAUGUAUUGAUAGAUAUUUAAGGAAUAAAUUGGUUUUAUGGAACUAAAAGGAAUAAAGGAUAAAAUCUAUUUUUUAUAAGUUAAGACACCAUUUAAUUUAUAUAUCAAAACUACAAUUAGAAUAAUAAAGGUAAAAUCAAAAAUUAUUUAGAUCUCUAACGAGUUUUAUUCCACCAGAAUCCCUACCAAGAUAUAAAUAACUAAAAGGCUGUAUUUCAUCAUCUUAACUUUGA